UCCAACUUUUUCUAUAAAACCUAUUUUCUCACUGGAGUCUACAAUGAGUGCCAAAAAAAUGUUGUUGGUCGUCGUCUUGCUAAGGACAUAUUUUUCUCUCUUGCUUUUAGUGGCAUUGGUGGUGUUGGAUAAAGCUUUUGCAAAUGUUGAGCUGGCUUGUCCUCGAUUGUCGGUACCACCCGGGACCAGUACGAUCUUCUACUGCUCAACCAAUGACAGUUCCAGUGGGCUGGAUAUACGCCUAGCUGGUAACCCGCCUGAUGUUCCAAUAUAUGGUUCAGUACAGGAAGGGCAUACAAUGACCCGUGGGCUACUCACAGUGUCUGUUGUGGAGAAGACGUCAGCAAUACUGAGAGUAGCAAUCAGUUUCAACGUGAGCCUGCCGCUUCUGAAUACGUAUCUCACGUGCACCUCCAUAACCAAUGGAGAAUACGAUAGUUGUCUUCUGUCGUACCCAAGACCUCGUUUGGAUCCUCAUGCUACUGUACUAUGUGAAGACAGGAAUGAAGAUAAUAGAUGCUCUUUAACAAGCUUGUCAUGGAAUUGCUCGAAGAGUCAACUGCCUUUAAAAGAAGUCGAGGUGUGGUUAGACGGUGAUGAAAAGGCUAAUGUAUCUCAAAGUACCUGCACUCAUUACUUCAGAGUUAAUGGGACUAGACCUUUUGUUAACAACUUGACUUUAGUUGGUCACUAUGUGACUAACUAUUCAUCAACAGUGACAGCUCUAAUCGACUUGCAAUCUCCGUUUCAAAUCUCAAAAAAUGAGAGUAAGCAUGGUAGCACCACAUACAUAUUUGAUGUAGUGGAAGAGCGAAAACCAAGCAGAUUAUUGGAGCUUAAUGUUGUCCGGUCAGACAACAUUACCAUUCAAAAAGAAGACGCUCCUCCGCUAUACAUAGAAGUAUUUGGAAAUAAGAGUAUAACUUACUCUUUACGGACUUUUUUGAUUAAUGGUGACUUCCUUGUUCUUUAUGAACAGAAUGGCACUCAAAGUUUUGAGUCAGGACCCAACACUAAUGGAACUAACACAACUCCUUCAGGGACUUCAGCUCUUAAAUAUUGUUUGUUAUUAGUUUUCCUUUAUCCCGUGCUGAUUAUAAUAACUUCAUUACAAACUUGUAGUUAAGUAGAUGUGAGUUUGGCUAUUACUAGUAUUUGUAAUCAUUAAUUUUUUACCCUUUGUUAAAAAAUAUAAUCUAUAGUUUAUAACAUA